AUGUCGCCACCUAACAAGCGCACUCAUUCCCUUCCGUCGCCCACGCUCACUCCCCUUCCAUCGUAUACGCGCACACCCCUCCGUCGCCCACGCUCACUCCCUCCCGUCGCCCACGCUCACUCCCUCCCGUCGCCCACGCUCACUCCCUCCCGUCGCCCAUUCUCACUCCCUCCCGUCGCCCACGCUCCCUCCCUUCCCGUCGCCCACGCUCCCUCCCUUCCCGUCGCCCACGCUCCCUCCCUUCCCGUCGCCCACGCUCCCUCCCUUCCCGUCGCCCACGCUCCCUCCCUUCCCGUCGCCCACGCUCCCUCCCUUCCCGUCGCCCACGCUCCCUCCCUUCCCGUCGCCCGCGCUCCCUCCCUUCCCGUCGCCCGCGCUCCCUCCCCAUCCCUCACCUCCCCAUCCAUGCUGCGGUUGCUGCACCAUCUCCGCCUCACCCUAAUCCGCCCAACCCCAUUCCGCCCCACCCCAUUCCGCCUCACCCCAUUCCGCCUCACCCCAUUCCGCCUCACCCCAUUCCGCCUCACCCCAUUCCGCCUCACCCCAUUCCGCCUCACCCCAUUCCGCCUCACCCCAUUCCGCCUCACCCCAUUCCCCCUCACCCUCUUCCGCCCCACCCUCUUCCGCCCCACCCCAUUCCUCCCCACCCCAUUCCGCCUCACCCCAUUCUCCCUCACCCGAUUCCGCCUCACUCCAUUCCCCCUCACCCUACCAGCAGUCAUGUCUCCGGUCCUCCUCUCCCUCUUCCCCCUCCUCUCAUUCCUUACUCUACUCCCCCUCCUCUCCCUGGAGGGAGCGGCAGUGGCAGCUUUCCCCCAUCGCACACGCGCACUCCCCUCCGACGCCCACGCUCUCUCCCCUCUCGUCACACACGUGCGCUCUCUCCUCUCCUCCCCGUCCAUCAUCACGCCAUCCCUCAUCUCCCCAUCCCUCAUCUCCCCAUCCCUCAUCUCCCCAUCCCUCAACUCCCCAUCCCUCAUCUCCCCAUCCCUCACCUCUCCGGUCUUCCUCUCCCUCUCCCCUCUCCUCUCAAUUCAACUCCCUGCUCCCUCUCCUCUCCCUCCUCCCUUUUCACUCGCCCCGCCACUCCCGCCGUGCUUCUCCCCCCCCCCAUUCCGCUUCGCCCCAUUCCGCCCCAUCCCAUUCCGCCUCACCCCAUUCCGCCUCACCCCAUUCCGCCUCACCCCAUUCCGCCCCACCCCCUUCCGCCCCACCCCAUCCCGCCCCACCCCCUUCCGCCCCACCCCAUUCCGCCCCACCCCCUUCCGCCCCACCCCAUUCCGCGCAAUCCCCCUUGUCGCGCACCCUCACUUCCCUCCGUCCUGGAUGAUCACUCCUUCCCGUCGCUCGCGCGCACUCCCCUCGAACGAGCACGCACACUCCCUUCCCGUCGGCCACGCUCACUUCCUUUCCAUCGCCUUCGCGCAAUCCUUCCGUCUCCCCAUCUCCUCCUCUCCCCGUCCCCUCCUCACUUUAUCUCAUCUUCUCCCCUUCCCCCCCUCACCCCAUCUCCUCCUCACCCCAUUCCGCCUCACCCCAUUCCGCCUCCCGUCCUCUCCCCAUCCCCUUUUUCUUACUACCCCUCCUCUCCCUGUCUCUCCUCUCCCCAACCCUCCUCUCCCCAUCCCUCCUCUCCCCAUCCCUCCUCUUACCAUUCCUCCUCUCCCCAUCCGUCCUCUCCCCAUCCGUCCCCUCCCCAUCCGAUCAUCUCCCCAUCCGGUCCUCUCCCCCUCUCCUUUAAGUGUUUCCCACACUGUCCUCGGCCUUGCGGCACCUCCCCAUCCCGUGUGCUUUGCUGCACCGGGGAGCUGCCUGCACCUUCCUGUUUGCUCCGCACUUUACCUCUCCCUCCCCUCCCCCAAUCGCUCUGCGCGGCCUCAUUGCAGGGACUCCUCGCAGGGAAAGAAGGGGAAAGGGAGGAGAGUGAGGCGGAAUCCUAUUAAUCCCCAUCCCCCUCUCCCCUGUUUCCCCUCUUCCCCGCCCCCAUACCUCCUUCUGCAGCCACAAUUAGAAGAGCGUGCUACGGCUGCUGCUGUGGCGAGCAGGUGUUGUUGCAUAUUAGAGUCAGUCACCAGCACUCUCAAUCCCCUCCCGCCCUGUCCUAUCCCCUCACCCCGCCCUGUCCUAUCCCCUCACCCCGCCCUGUCCUAUCCCCUCACCCCGCCCUGUCCUAUCCCCUCACUCCGCCCUGUCCUAUCCCCUCACCCCGCCCUGUCCUAUCCCCUCACCCCGCCCUGUCCUAUCCCCUCACCCCGCCCUGUCCUAUCCCCUCACCCCGCCCUGUCCUAUCCCCUCACCCCGCCCUGUCCUAUCCCCUCACCCCGCCCUGUCCUAUCCCAGGCGAGCAUGACAGAGGCCCAUCCGACCUGCAUGGACAUGCCGCCUCCCCUUGCUCCUGUUUUCAGCAUCUCAAAGGCCCAGACAAGCCACAUUGCGUAA